AUGUUAGAUUCUUACAGAGGAGUAGCAUCACUCGAUCGUCCAAUAAAUGACGAAGAUGUGAAGGUUUAUGGAGUACAUGGUGUCCAGGGUGACAUUCUUACAGCUGUUGCAUUUGCUACUGCCGAAGAAUGGGACUAUAUCCUGAAGGUCGAGAGGUUCACAGAUCACAUCUACGUUGAGGGGAGCAUUAUUGAGAAUACCCUCUUCGAGUAA